AUGAUUUCCAAAGGUUGCAUCUACCAUCUUGUGCGGGUGAGGGAUACUAAUUCCAAAGGCCCUACUCUAGCAUCUGUCCCUAUUGUUAAUGAAUUCUCGUAUGUGUUUCCCAAUGACCUACUCGGCGUUCCUCCUAUAAGGGAAAUUGACUUUGGCAUAGACCUUCUUCCUGACAGCAAACCUAUUUCUUUCCCUCCUUAUCGAAUGGCUCCGGCGGAACUAAAAGAGUUAAAUUACCAGUUGAAGAACUUGUUGGAUAAGGGUUUUAUUAGACCAAACAUAUACCCAUGGGGUUCUCCCAUUUUAUUUGUUAGAAAGAAGGAUGUGGUUACCGAUGCACUUAGUAGAUUGUCUAUGCAUAGUGUUGACCAUGUUGAAGAAGGAAAGAAAGAAUUAGUUAAGGAUGUGCAUAGAUUGGCUCAUUUAGGUAUGCGGUUGAAUGAUUCUACGGAGGGUGAUGUUCUUGUUCAUAGCGGUUCGGAAUUGUCCCUUGUGGUGGAUGUUAAAGCUAAGCAAGAUAAUGAUUCAGUGAUGGUGGAAUUGAAGAAGUCGGUUGCCAAAAGAACCACUGAGGCUUUCUUCCAAAAGGGAGAUAGUGUGCUUUGUUAUCAAGGUCGGCUGUGUGUACCCAAUGUUGAUGGUUUAAGGGAAUUAAUACUAGAUGAGCCCCAUAGUUCUCGGUAUUUGAUUCAUCCAGGAUCUAUUAAUAUGUAUUGUGAUUUGAGGGAGGUGUAUUUAAUGGUAUGA